GGAACAGAUGGAUUGCUGGAAACUACCGAGUAACUAGUAAACGAUGUUUGUGGGACAGAUCGACCUGUGUCUUGACUGGGAACACAGUUUCAAGAACCAUCUUUGAAGGUUUGCCAUUGAUUGGCAAGUUUUUGCACAAGGUCCACAGUUUCAACUUUGAAUCGUCGAUUGAUAAUCGCAAUUCCAAUCCCAAGCCUCUAUCUGCCCCAAAGUUCAUCUUCAUCGAUCACCAUCGACGAACUGAGAGAUCGAAACGAUGUCGUGUUUGGCCUCCUGUUGCGCGUCCAUGACGUGCGGACUCUGCACCUCGGUGACGUCCGGCAUCGCGAACCGUUCUGCAAGAAUUGGCUACUGCCUCUUGUUUGGUGCCUCGCUGAUUGUGUCUUGGGUUCUCCGGGAAGUCGCUGCGCCUCUCCUCAAAAAUUUCUCUUGGAUAAAUACUGAGGAAAACCUAACGGAUGAGUGGUUUCAGAUGCAAGCAGUUCUUCGUGUCAGCUUGGCGAAUUUCGUGUUCUUUGGAGUACUUGCUCUAAUAAUGAUUGGAGUCAAGGAUCAAAACGACAGGCGGGAUUCAUGGCACCAUGGCGGAUGGAUGGUUAAAAUAAUUGUUUGGAUUUUGCUCAUUGUCCUCAUGUUUUUCCUUCCAAACGUUGUUGUUGAUGUAUACGGAUUUGUUUCGAAAUUCGGUGCUGGUCUAUUCUUGUUGGUCCAAGUUCUAAUUUUAUUAGAUGCGACACACUCAUUGAACGAUUCCUUGGUUGCUAAAGACGAGCAGAAAUGGUAUGUUUUGCUGCUCGUUGUGUCUGUGGUUUGCUAUCUUGCGACAUACGGCUUCUCCAUAGUUUUAUUCCUCUGGUUUAAUCCAUCCGGGCAAGACUGUGGCCUCAACGUCUUUUUCAUCGUGAUGACGAUGAUUCUUGCUUUCUCCUUCGCCAUUAUUGCAUUGCAUCCCAAGGUCAAUGGCAGCCUCCUGCCGGCAUCCGUGAUUUCCGUUUACUGUGCUUACGUCUGCUACACGGGUCUUUCUAGCGAGCCUCGGGGCUACGCUUGCAACGGCCUCCACAAGUCGACUGCCAUCUCCACCAGCACUCUCAUCCUCGGAAUGCUCACGACUGUCCUAUCCAUUUUGUACUCCGCCCUCCGCGCCGGAUCAUCGACAACAUUUUUAUCUCCUCCCUCUUCUCCUCGAGCAGGCGACAAGAAACCGCUUCUGGAGUCGGCCGAUAUGGAAUCGGGGAAUGGCAAGAAAGACGCGACAGCGCAACCGGUGAGCUACUCGUACUCGUUCUUCCACCUGAUAUUUACGCUGGCGAGCAUGUACUCGGCGAUGCUCCUGUCGGGAUGGACGAGCUCGUCCGAAACGCCCCACCUUAUCGAUGUCGGCUGGACGUCCGUCUGGGUUCGUAUGUGCACCGAAUGGGUCACGGCCGGGCUCUACAUUUGGUCCCUCGUCGCGCCUCUUAUCCUCCCGGAUCGUGAAUUUUAUUGAUCGUCCGGGGUCGUCGCUGCGUACCACUUGUAAUAAAGCCACGUGUCUUAACGAGCCGAACAGGUCGUGGGGAACGUAUGUUUAUAUCUGCUUGGUUAUGUCUGAAUGACGUUCGUCGAUGUUUGUAUCUAAUAGGUUUAGUAUUUGGCUAAGUUUAUCCUUCUUGUGUAUGUCUUUGGAGAAUUGAUUUAUAACUUUCAUAUGUGGCUAGAAAUGGAGUGUUUAGGCUAUGUGUUUUAUUUAAAUAAUUUUUUAUAUAAAAAUAAUAAUACUCUAUUUUACUUUA